UUGAAAUGUUAAAUGAUUCAGCGCGGCAUUCAAUCCAUUUUAAACUCUCUACACAUAUCGCGCUCAUUGUCUCAUCUUCACCAAAACCCUAAUUUCAUUUCAAACCCUGCAACUUCAAUGGACACCGAUGAAAACUGCGUCGACGUCAUCAACCGACCAUCCAGAAAGCACAUCGCCACCCUGCAUGACGUCAGCCACAACGUUUUCAAACAAACUUGUUCUACAAAGAAGCGUGUGGCGUUAGCUGAGAUAACCAAUUCAGGAAGCGUUUGCUCGAUUCCGAGCUCGGAUAGUAGAAGGAACGUGAAGCAGAAGAAGGAUCAAGAGUGUGUGAGAUCUGAUCUUUCUGUUUCGUUUGAAUCAGCUCGUGAUGAUAGGCCUCUUAUGUAUCAGCAUCUUCAUUUAAUAGAGAUUGAAGAAAAGAGAAGGCCAUUGCCUAAUUACAUGAAAAAGAUUCAAAAAGACGUAACAACGGGAAUGCGAGAGAUUUUAGUGGAUUGGUUGGUUGAGGUUGCAGAAGAGUAUAAACUUGUAUCAGAUACCUUGUUCCUCACAGUAUCCUAUAUUGAUAGAUUCUUAUCUUCACAUUGUUUUAGUAGAAACAAGCUCCAGCUUCUUGGUGUAUCCAGCAUGCUUCUAGCCUCGAAAUUUGAAGAGGUUAGCCCUCCACAUGCUGAAGAUUACUGUUAUAUAACAGACAAUACUUAUACAAAAGAAGAGGUGGUUCAAAUGGAGAAAGAUUUGCUUAACUUUUUGGAACUGGAACUGAGCAAUCCGACGCCAAAAACUUUUGUUAGAAUCUUUAUUAGAGCAGCUCAAGGAGAUAUUAUGCCGUCAAAUUCAGCAUUUGAGUUUUUGAGUUGGUUUCUUGUGGAGCUAAGCUUGCUAGAUUACAGUUGCUUAAGAUUCUUGCCGUCAAUGGUCGCAGCCUCAGCCGUUUUUAUUGCAAACUUUACAAUUCAACCGGAAAAGCAUCCUUGGGGCUUGAAAAUGCAACGUUAUUCGGGAUAUAGACCAUGUGAGUUAAAGGAUUGUGUAAUUGCCAUUCAUGACUUACAGUUGAGAAGAACAUCAUCGUUUUCUCAAGCAACACGAGAGAAAUACUCACAACAAAAGGAAACUCAAUUCGGUUCGUCUCCUACCGGUUACAACCAAAAAAUCUUUAGAAAAAAUGAACUCUUGUCACCUGUUGUAUUAAGUGAUUGAAUACUUGGCUGGCUUCGCUCCACAACCUUUCACCUGCGAUAACGCCCAUUGGGGCCGUGUACAACGCCGGCGCGUUAUCUGGUAACGAGUGGUCUUAGUUAUUCCUCCAUCUGGUUUUGAAUAUGAUAUCUAGGUAGUCAAAGUUGCAAUGCAUGCUCAAGGCGCAAAAAGUGCAACAAUAACAAUGUUUUCAAAAGGGCCCUAGAUGCAAAGGAACGUAGCGCAGCAUAUGCGCCUUGCCUGAAUAGGCGCAUUUUCAGGCACUCAGGCGCAGUUUCUGGCCAAAAAUAGUUUGAACAGGUCUGGAACAAUUACACUAUCCUUAAACAUGUCUAAGACCCCUAAAAAUGGUAUUUUCA